AUUGACUCUUUGUAAGUUAGAUAAACGUCAAAAUAAAUUUGAAAAUAGUCGAAAAAGUGCAAAAUAUCAAAAUAAACCUUUGCAAAUGUAGUUCAGUUUUGUUUGCACGUGAUAAAGUAAACACAAAAUAAACCACUAUAUUUCACCAUCACAUUUUUACCACUUUCCACUUAUUUGCAUCCACCUGCAACCUGUUUGCAAUAAAAUAAAUCCUGUCCAAACUGUUUAAGCACAUAUUUUACCACUUUUACACAACCAUUAACACUCAAUUAAUCACCAAACAAACUACGAAUAUAGUAUCAGGAAAGAAAACGAAAUCGACUUAGUAUUGUCAUGAAACCAACAACAAUCAAGUCAGCCCCUAUCUCUGCUUGCAACAAAACCAAAAAAGCUAACAAGGAACGGGAAAAGAGAAAGUCUCAAAAUUUAAAUGAAUCACCAUCACAAAAUUCGGGAUGCAGCUCUCCUAAUAAGGAUCCCAGCAAUUGUAAAUAUGCAGGAUUGAGUGUGGAAUCAUUACACACAUACAAUGAACAAGCAACUUUUGAACAUUUAUCUGAUGAAAUUUGCACUGGUUUCACAGAAGAUUUAAACUAUAAAGUCAGACAAAUAAUUCAUGAAGCAUUAAUUAAAGCCACAUUGUCGGGAAGAAAUUAUAUUAAUUCUGAUGAUAUUGAUAAUGUAUUUGAAUGUCUCAAUGUUGAAAAGGUCUAUGGAGCUCCUACGCUCCCUAUUUGGCUUACUCUGGGAGAAAACAACAUUACAUAUUUAGAUGAUACUAAAAUUAAUCUUAUUGAAAUAGCAGAGGAAGAAUGCACUGCUGUACAACCAGGAGACAUUACUACAAUUAGCAGGUGGCUUAAUGAAUCAUCAGGACCAACAGAAGCCCAAAGAAACUAUUAUGUUACUUUGUGCAACUCAGUUAUUGAUAACAGAAAAGAUAUUAGAGAAAUGGCUUUAAAAGAUUUAAGAGAAAAUACGAAAAUAGGUCCUUUCUGUGAAUGGUUCUAUCAAUUUGGUUACUCCUUAUUGAGCAAGGAUAUUACAUACAAUAGUUUAACGUUGUAUGCCCUGAGACUUAUUGAAGCUCUUGAAGCUAAUCCAAUUGCUCCCCAGUCAGUAUCUGAAGCUCGAUUAGAGCUGUUGGUACGAUUAAUUUUGCAAAGAUUACUUCAGCAAAGCGCCGCAGAAGUUUUGGAGCCCAUGUGCAGGGUCUUAACAAUACUAUGUAACCGCAUACCCCUUCACGAUUUUGUCAAAAGUAAAAUAAAAAAGAAAUUUUAUAAAAUAAAGUCUGAUUUACCAUUUCAAACAGUACAUAUAAUAAACUCGCUAGGAGUUAACGGUAUCAAGGAACUGCUAUUACCCAGCAUUGACUACUUUCUCAAAAGAAUCGAGGAAUAUAAGGAACAGCAGUUAAUAGAGGAGGUUCUAGCAACGUACAACAUUUUGUGCUGUGAGAAAGAAAAUACAAGAAAAAUAGACGAGCGUUUCUUUGAAACAUUUGGUGAAAGUCUUAUGGUGUACUGGAGGUUUGAUAAUAAUCCAAAUGAAAAUUAUAAAAAAGCUGACAUCAAAUGGCUAGCGGUCAAAAGUCAAUUAUUAAAGGCCAGAAGACGUAUACAUGCCAAUGACACUUUAACUAAACGAUAUUACACAAUCGAUGAUGUUUUCCCCGAGGACAACAAAGAUGGAAAACGGGGAGUUUUCAAUAACUUUCCCAUAGAAACUGAUGAAACAGAAGAAAACAUUUUCAGAUUAGAUGAUCACGACUUAGUAAGCUAUGAAAGCUUUCGUCCAAGAAUUAAGUUUAAGCUGGUCAGUCUUAGACACCAUUUAAGGAGAAAAAAUCCAGUACCACUGGUUGAUUUUUUACAGAAACCUAACAAUCAAAGUAUUACAAUUGGUAGAAUGAAUCUCUUGGUGCCUAUUAUAAAGCAAUCUGCGAUGUUUUUUAAUAAACAGGCACACUUCACUUACAAUAUAUGUAAUUAUGUUUUGUAAAUAUGUAGUUGAUUAAGAAUAAUGAUGAUAAUAAA